UGCCACUCGCUGCAGCGAUCCGAUAGGGAGAGAGAGAGAGAGAGAGAGAGAGAGAGAGAGAGAGAUCUCCGACGUAACGGGAGGCGAUGAAGAACACGGCCACCGGGGAGCAACAUCCGUCGACGCGACGGUACAGGGGAGUGCGGCUGAGGAAGUGGGGCUCGUGGGUGGCGGAGGUGCGGUUCCCCAACAGCCGGGAGAGGCUGUGGCUUGGCUCCUACCCGACUCCUGAGCAGGCAGCGAGGGCCUUCGAUGCUGCCGUGUACUGCCUCCGCGGGCCAGGCGCUGCGCUCAACUUCCCCGAACAACCGCCCCACAUACCCUCGGCCAGUACGCUGAACCGGGAGGAGAUACGGGCCGCAGCCGUACGGUUCGCUCAUGACGUGCCUAGGCGGGCUGAGGAGGCACAAGGCGGUGGUGGAGAGGCAUCGACUGGCGUGGUGUCUCCAGGGGAGGCGAACUCGCGAGCAAUGGCGGAGUCGAUGGAGGUCUUCCCGGCGUUUUACUUCCCAGGAGUAUCGGGGUGGUGGAAUGAGGAGGAAGAGGAUGUUUGGGCUGCUGCCGCUACUGCUUCUAUCGAUGACAUUUAUAGAUCAUCACCUCUCUGGAACUUUUGAAGCCCGUUCUUCAGACGGAAACGUCGAUAUAUUUAUAGUGUGUGUGCAUCUAAACAAUUUUGGAGCUUGAGAACCAAUGUUUUGCGAACAUACUCGUAGAUUUCAGAAGAGAUGUAGCAGUGUCUCUUUGUCUGUCGAACAUGCUCCUUCUGCUCAUGAUA